CCAUAUACCCAAACAACAAUAAUAACAAAGUCUUUUCACGUGAGCAAAGCGUGAUUCAAUAAAUCAGUAUUUUCUUUUUUUGGCUUCCUAGCCAGGCUGUAACUUGGCCUUGGCAAUGGUAACUGGUUCUAACAAGUUGAACUUAAGAUGAAGAGAGUGUUACUACUGUUAGCUGCGAUCUCUGCAGUAAAUGGAAAAGUUGAUCUUAUCAUAACAGACUGUAAAACAGUUGCAUUAGAGUUUCAUGUUACCAUAUUUACAAUUCGUUUAAGUGCACCCAUCUCUGAAGAAGUCUAUGUAACACUGGUUAGUUCUGAUUCUAACAUAGCUUAUCCCCUUACUGAAAAGAUUUUGUUUACCCCUCAAGAUGACACAAAACCAAGAGUUGUUUAUGUGUAUGGAAACAAUGUUGGUGAUACAUAUAUAGAUGUCAAAUUUAAUUCAUCAGAGUUGAUUUUAAACAAGAAGCAUGAUCGAGUGCAUAUAUUAGUUGUUCACUCUUUCACUUUGAACUCAGUGAUCAGUGUAAUUGGAUGGAUAUAUUUCCUUGCAUGGUCAGUGGCUUGUUACCCACAGGUUAUAAUGAAUUACAAACGAAAAAGUGUUGUCGGAUUAAGUUUCGAUUUGCUGUGUUAUAAUAUUACUGGUUAUCUUGCUUAUUCUGUUUUCAAUGUUGGUCUGUUUCGGGUGACAUCAAUACAGGAUGAAUAUUUUGCCAAAUAUGGCGGUUCUGUUAUUCCCGUGCAACCGAAUGAUGUCUUCUUUGCUCUCCAUUCUCUUCUGUUUACUAUCAUUACCAUAUCUCAAUGUUUUAUUUACGAUCGUGGAACACAAAGAAUUUCCAUCAUUUGUAUCAUCUUAAUGAUAAUAGCCUGGUUAUUUGCAGCGUGUUCAUUGGUUCCUGCUAUUUUAUCCAAAAUCACGUGGUUAACUUAUUUAAAUUUUUUCUCAUACAUCAAACUUGGUGUCACGCUUAUCAAAUAUGUACCACAGGCGUAUAUGAAUUUUCGACGUAAAUCAACUGUAGGAUGGAGUAUUGGUAGUGUGUUGUCAGAUAUCACUGGUGGUUCGUUUAGUCUUAUUCAAAUGUUUCUUCUAGCAUACAAUAACAAUGAAUGGAACUCAAUAUUUGGAGAUUUUACGAAAUUUGGUCUUGGUUUUUUCUCCAUUCUUUUCGAUAUUUUGUUUAUCGUUCAACAUUAUGUUUUAUAUCGUAAAAAUACAGAAUAUGAAUCUAUCGUUGAAGAACAAACUGAUCCAUCUGUUAAUGCUGUAGCAUGAUUUAUCACGAUCAACUCAUUCCAAGAACAGAAUCAUCAAACCCGAAGCAUGUUCUUAAAGUUUUCCAGUAAUUUUUUUUAUAUCCGCCGGCGAAGGCGGAAUCUUUAAUAUCGCGUGGGAAGAUAGAGAGAGAGAUAGAUAGAUAGAUAGAUAAAUAAAGACAGCCCAGAGCAUGGACGCCUAAAACUUAUCCAGGCUAAAGCUUAAAUCCUCGUUUUGACAGAUUUUUUUCUGAGAACGAGGCUAAAAUGAGUUUUAGGCCAAUAAGAAUCCUAACAGAGCAACAAAUUGUUUUAUUAUCCAAUGAACAAUACUUUAUUUUAAAGUUUAUAAUCGAAAGUUAAAGCUCGUGCAGUGUAGCAUUAUGAAGAUCGUCUUAUAAUGCGCCAUCUUUGAUGUUAUAUAAUUACGUCAUUUCCUUCUGUACUACAAUUUUGUAAGCACGUAGACUAAAGCUAUAUUCAGCAGAACUAAUUAAUUAUCAAUGAAUUUUAAUUUAAAGAGGAAUUGUUGAGGCUGGAUAUUUUUUGUGAAAGAUAAUGUAUUAUAGCUAUAACAUCGUGACAUGUAUGUCACGAUUUUAUAUCUUUUUUCAGAUUAUAUCUAAUGGCGGAAAUCUUUAAGCCGCAGGGCUUCUUGUUUUAUUUUUGUUUCAAUAAUUUUGCAGCAAUUUUACUAGAAAAUAAACGUAAAACCGUAAAUUCCUGCUACAGUAAAGUAACAGGAAGCAAAUUCUUGAUUUUUAUUUUUAAACUAAAUCAAGUCUGUGGAGUCAAGGAGGUUUGAUAAAUUAUUUUUUUCACGUAGUGUUGAUUAAUUUGCAUUUGCAAAAUGGUUUUUAUUUUACAAAUAUUAUUUUUAGUCAUUUUGAUAAUUAUUUAUUAGUGUGUAGAUAAAUAUUACGUAGAUAUAUUUUAAGUGUAAAAUAUCACAUUUUAUAAAACUUAUUUUUAUUUUCAAAGUCAAUUCUUAUUUCGAGGGAUUUAACGGUUCACCACUGAAAGAUAAAAAUGUGAGGAUGAAUCGUCCCGCAAUAAUUAAUUUUCGCGAUUUCGCAGAAAUUUUAAAUUGUUUUAGAUUUGGCGAGAAUUUAAUCUCGGGAAUGGAUAGUGUCAAUAAAUUUCGCGAAUGGACACUGUCUAUAUCAUUAUUUAGCGUGUCUAAUGUUUUUAUUCUAAACUUUUUUUUAAGGAUUACUAAAUUUCUAACCAAGGUUAAACUUUCAACUAUUCAAUAAAUAGAUAGACGUUUCGCCACAGUCAUAUUUAUCAGAGCCAAUGGCAAAUAAAGUAUUUUUCGAUAAGUGCAAAAAUUUGCGGCAUAUAUUUCUUUGGGAAUAUCUAUUCCAUUAGGAUAAUUUAGAAAAAAUUAAAAACAAUCAAAAUAGAAUAUAUUUAUUUACAAAGACGGAAGUUAUUUUUAUUCGUUUAGUAUUUUAUCGACUUCAUUCCAAUCGAUAGUAUCGAGUGUGGUUGGACUUGCUUCACUAUUCUCGUCUAACAACGCAAACUCCACCUCCGCC